ACUUUCGAGUGAUUGAUUACUGAAUGAUGCGAAGGCUCGUCUCCUGUUUUGUUCGUUGUAGACUCUCCUUGCAUCUAUCCACAACACCACCACAAAGGUCCGCACUUUUCUCUCAUCUGUUGAGUUCUCGUCUAGAUUCUAUUCAAAUCGACAAAAAAAUCUCAUCUUUCUCUGUGAAUCGAUUCUGUUCUACGACUUUGUUAGACCCAGAAGUUGAAAUUACCCGUAGAGAGAAAAUUUCCGAAGAUCAAUCACUGGUUUAUUGCAAUGAAAAUGAUAUUAGAACAAAGGGUUCUAGUCAUGCGGUUGGAAUCUUACACGAAGUUAUAAUGGCGAAUUUGAAUGCUUAUGAUGAUAUGGAAAAAGCCCUUGAUGAAUCUGUUGUCGAUUUGACAACUCCUGUGGUAUGCAAGAUCUUACAAAGGCUUCAAUACGAGGAAAAGACGGCUUUUCGGUUCUUUACUUGGGCUGGACAUCAAGAACAUUACUCACAUGAGCCUAUUGCUUACAAUGAGAUGAUUGAUAUAUUGUCAAGUACGAAGUAUAAGAAUAAGCAGUUUAGGAUUGUGAUUGAUAUGCUUGAUUACAUGAAGAGAAACAAGAAAACUGUUGUUCCUGCGGAUGUUCUGUUGGAGAUUCUGAGGAAGUAUUGUGAGAGGUACUUGACUCAUGUUCAGAAAUUUGCGAAGAGGAAACGGAUUAGAGUGAAGACGCAGCCUGAGAUUAACGCUUUCAAUAUGCUUCUUGAUGCUCUGUGUAAGUGUGGUUUGGUAAAGGAGGGUGAAGCUUUGCUUAGAAGGAUGAGGCAUAGAGUUAAGCCCGAUGCGAAUACGUUCAAUGUCUUGUUCUUUGGGUGGUGUAGAGUAAGAGACCCUAGACAGGCAAUGAAGCUGCUUGAAGAGAUGAUCCAAGCUGGUCAUAAACCGGAAAAUUUCACUUAUUGUGCUGCCAUUGAUACUUUUUGCCAAGCUGGAAUGGUGGAUGAGGCAGCUGAUUUGUUUGACUUUAUGAUAACCAAAGGCUCUGCUGUUUCUGCUCCAACAGCAAAGACUUUUGCUUUAAUGAUUGUGGCGUUGGCAAAGAAUGAUAAGGCAGAAGAAUGCUUUGAGCUAAUUGGACGUAUGAUAAGCACGGGUUGCCUUCCUGAUGUGUCGACAUACAAGGAUGUAAUUGAAGGUAUGUGUAUGGCUGGGAAGGUUGAGGAAGCGUACAAGUUCCUAGAUGAGAUGAGCAAUAAAGGUUACCCGCCUGAUAUAGUAACUUACAAUUGCUUUCUUAGGGUAUUGUGUGAGAAUAGAAAGAGCGAUGAAGCGCUUAAACUUUAUGGAAGAAUGGUAGAGUCGCGUUGUGCUCCUAGCGUCCAAACGUACAACAUGCUGAUAUCUAUGUUUUUCGAGAUGGAUGAUCCUGAUGGAGCAUUCAAUACAUGGAAAGAAAUGGAUAAAAGAGACUGUGUUCAGGACAUUGAAACGUACUGUGCUAUGAUCAAUGGGCUUUUCGACUGUCACAGAGCUAAAGAGGCGUGUUUUCUACUGGAAGAGGUUGUGAACAAAGGACUCAAACUGCCAUAUCGAGCGUUUGACUCUUUCUUGAUGCGGCUAUCUACUGUUGGUAACCUCAAGGCAAUCCAUAAGCUUUCUGAACAUAUGAAAAAGUUUUACAACCAUAGUAUGGCUAGGCGUUUUGCACUCAGUGAGAAGAGAAAAAGUACAAAACUCAGAGGGAAGUAAUGGGAAGUGAGAAUUGUUGGACCAUAUCAUCAUACUAAAACAAAGAACCAUUCUCAGCAGUGCGAUGGUUCUGUUGCCUCGAGAGAAGCUCUUUGUGAUUAUAAUCCCUGGUGAAAUUUCAUCCAUCACAGUCCCCAUUCUGGACCAAUAAUCAUGAUCUCGAAAGCAAAGAGACAUAUCCAGGUCUGUUGUCGAAUGGUUAUGUUGGUUUCUUUGAAAAAAAUCUCGCAGCGCACAAUAUGUUUAACGUGUUCGAUUAAAGCCAUUGUAUUGACCAUUGCGUUCAUAGAGCCGAACUUUGUAUGAUCCUUAGCGAUGUGAGAGGUCUGUUUUCUUUAUGGCUCAUGACUAUCCUGUUUACCAUCUGUUUUUGCUCUCUGAUUCUUGAGUUUGAUGUGAGAUUCUUGAAACAUUAUGAUGCUAGAACAGUGUGGCUUCAUCGUUCAGUUCUGGUAACGGGUUCAAGUCUCAAGAACUCUUGGUGAAGAAACACUAAAGACAUUAGACAUGACAGUUGAUCUGUCAGCAUUUGGUGAAGUACCCGUACAGUCGUAAAAUGAAAACCGGUCUGGUAUAUGUGAUCUGUUUAGUGUAAUCAGGAUCCGGUUUAGUUGAAAUGAGACAUUUUUGAAGAAACAGCUUAAGUUUAG